GAAGUGUGUGUGCCAGGCGAAGAUAGGCCCCCGGGGAUAAAAAAUAUUGCCAAUUCAGUGAUGAAUAAAAAUCCCCGGCCAACAAUUAACGGCUCCCCGUGUAAUUCCGGAACAUCGGGGACAACAAGCGGACGGAUUACGCGAAUAAUCGAUUAAUAUCGCUGAUCGUUGAUAAAUACGGUGUUAACCCGUGUGUCGGUGUGAAUCCCUCGAGCCACAGUGGGACGCUCGCUUGACUAAGGGAGUGCCCGCCCGUUCCCCCUGAUGCAAAGUGUAAGUGAAGUGGCCUACAGACCUACAUUUGUCUAACGCACCAAUUUUUUUCUCCAACCACAACUGUGUUAUUUACCACUACGUUGAGAAAUAAAACAACACAGUUUGUAAACACAAGCAUCGGCGAUAUUUUAUCAGUACUCAUUGACCAGUGAAUUUCAGUGGCUGUUGAACAAUCACUCUCGUUUUUUUUUUAUUCCUUAAUUUAAUGAGAAGACGAGAGGAGCAGCAGUGGUGGAGGACAAAGACGUUUUUUGGCAUUAAAAAAUUAUGAGGAAAAAACAGUAGUGUUGUGGGGACAUUGGUGCAAUCGAUCUGGUGAAUUUUAUUUGUCCCAUUGAUUUGGUGGGCUUUUUUUUAUGCACGGGGGGGUAAUCGAGACGUGCCCGGAGGUGAGGUGAUCCUCAGUGUGACGGGACCGGCGUGGGCUCUCCUCCGUUUUUCUGCAGACGUCUCGAGGAUUGAACAGAGAGGGAAAGUGAGGAGUUGGGAGAAAAAAUUUUACAUGUAACAGUUAAAUGUGUGAGUCAGUACUGGUGAUAAAGGACACAUACGUUGACAAUACGGGAGUCGGUGCGUGUGUGUGUGUGUGGGGGGGGGGACGGGCAUUUUUCAUUGUGAAUAAAUUCGUUGAGUGAUUGAUAAUUCGGGCAAUGCACGAGGAUCGAAUGGAAAAUCCGGUCGGCGAUGUUAACGGGCCCAUGGAGGCAGCGCAGACGGGCACGAGCCUGGCCGAAUCAUCGACAUCACCGCAGAUGAGCGACGGUGGGGUUAACAACGUGGUACUGACGUCUAACAGUCAUCAGGCUGGGACUGAUGCGAGACUGGCGCUUGUUGCCGAUGUACGGAGUGAAACAGGGGGUGGUAAUUGCGGUACAUCUGGUGGUGGUAUUGAGACAAGUGGUAAUUAUCAAAGUGGCAAUAGUAACAACAGUAGUAAUGCCAAUAGUACCAAUGGCAAUGCCACCGGUGGAACAACUGGUGGUGGUAAUGGCGCUGGCGCUACCAAUAGUAAUACCAAUCAGAAUGUCGCUAGUUCUGGACAAGUACCUGGUAAUGUAUGCCAUCCGGGCAUUGGACAAGUUGGCAUUGUCACUGGUUCUGUACCGGGUACAUCAGAAUUUCCAGAUACAAAGGAUGUUAUUGAGGAAUUGUGCCCAGUUUGUGGUGAUAAAGUAUCGGGUUAUCAUUAUGGCCUUCUUACCUGCGAAUCCUGCAAGGGUUUCUUCAAACGUACUGUACAGAAUAAAAAGGUUUACACGUGUGUUGCUGAGAGAUCGUGUCAUAUCGAUAAAACACAGAGGAAGAGGUGUCCAUUCUGCAGGUUCCAGAAGUGCCUAGAGGUUGGCAUGAAACUCGAAGCUGUACGUGCAGACAGGAUGAGAGGUGGUAGAAACAAGUUUGGCCCGAUGUACAAGAGAGACAGAGCGAGAAAAUUGCAGAUACUGCGACAACGUCAACUGGCACUACAAACGAUACGGGGUAGUCUAGGUGAUCCGAAUUACUCGUCAGGAGUAACGCCAUUCCUCCACAUAAAACAAGAAAUACAGAUACCUCAGGUCUCGAGUCUAACAUCAUCCCCCGACUCGAGUCCAUCACCAGCAGCUGUCGCUGCUGGUUUAGUAACAAAUCAACCCGGUGGUAAUAACAACAACAACAACAACAACAACAAUAAUAAUGGAGCUGGUAGUGCUGGACAACAUCAGCUCAUAGCACCCUCAUCACAGCCAACAUUGACUGGUGGCAAUCACAUGUACAAUCCAAAUCAAAGCCUCGAUGGUAAAUUGUGGGCAGCCAAUUCCACUACCUCCAGCCCUAAGGCAUUCAAUUUUGGUGAACAAUCGAGUCAAUCGCAUGGUCAAAAUCCUGGACCAACACCGUCAACUGGUACAUUAAAAACUAGUCCAAUGAUAAGAGACUUUGUACAGUCUGUUGAUGAUCGUGAGUGGCAGGCAUCGCUUUUUGGUUUAUUGCAGAAUCAAACGUACAAUCAGUGUGAAGUUGAUUUGUUCGAACUUAUGUGCAAAGUGCUCGAUCAGAAUCUCUUCUCCCAAGUUGAUUGGGCGAGAAAUUCAGUUUUCUUCAAGGAUCUCAAGGUUGAUGACCAAAUGAAGCUGCUCCAGCACUCUUGGUCGGACAUGCUGGUGCUCGAUCACCUCCACCAGAGGUUACACAAUAACCUACCAGACGAGACAACCCUCCACAAUGGCCAAAAGUUUGAUCUCCUCUGUCUCGGCCUACUGGGUGUACCUUCCUUAGCCGAUCUGUUCCACGAUCUGUCACAGAAGCUUCAGGAGCUCAAGUUUGACCUCUCUGACUACAUAUGCAUCAAAUUCCUCAUGCUGCUCAAUCACGACGUACGAGGACUGGUGAACAAGAAACACGUCCAGGAGGGCCAUGAGCAGGUCCAACAGGCACUCCUCGACUACUGUCUGACGUGUUAUCCAUCGAUACCGGAUAAAUUCAACAAGCUGCUGGCAGUAUUACCAGAGAUUCACGUGGUGGCAAGCAGGGGUGAGGAUCACCUUUAUCAGAAACACUGCAACGGUGGUGCACCAACCCAAACUCUACUAAUGGAGAUGCUUCAUGCUAAGAGAAAAUGAAAUAUAACGUGGAGUCCAUUAUAUCGACGCUUAUUGUGUCUAGUAAGUCCCGGUUAUUGUCCCCAAACUAAAGACAAAUUGUACCUAAAGGGAGUACCAGCGGGAGCUUAGGUUUCAUUGGACCAAAAAUAAGCAAAUGUUAGGGGGGAAAAAAAAAGAUGAGGAAUGACGGGGGGGAAAAAUGAAGUAAAAAAUGGCUCUCUGACUCCCUAUUCUCCUUUUCUCCAAUUUUUCAGUGGAAAAAAUAAAAUAAACAAAUCUAAAAUUCAUGUGCAAAAAGAAAUUUCAAAAAUUUUCUCGACGAAAAUUCGUUUUUUCAAAUAUCAUACGAUUGAUAAAUAGAUUGUAUUUUUCAGCGGGGGAUUGAGAAAUGAAUCAAGUGUAGUUAUAUUUAAAAAAAUGAAAAAUGAACACAUGUAUUUAAAUAUAUAAACAUAACAUAUAUUUUCUAUAUUUGAUGUUCAAGUUUUAGAGAUGUAUCUGAGGGGUAAAAAAAAGAAACACAUGAAAACAAGAAAAUUCAAUGCAGUCAACAAAACCCAACCCAACGAGUGAUUAAAAAAAAUCUAUAAACCAGAAAAUUAAUAGUGAAACGUCCCCCCUCCACCGAGCACGUAGCCUCACGAGGUUGGCGGGUCGAUAUUAAAACAAGCGCAGGGAAAAACCGUAAGCGAGAUGCCUUGAAAACAGUACAAAGGGUGGUUAGACGAUGGAAGAAUAAAAAAAAAUGUGAAAAAUAAAAAUGAAAAUUUAUUGGUCAAAGGGCAGGCAACUUUUGUCUAAAUAAGUAAAAUACUAUUUUUCUAAUAAUCUAGAGGCAAUUAUUUUUAAGUGUACCACUGAAGCCUUGCUCUCACUGACGACUAAACAAAAUUCAAAUCACAAUAAUCAAACGUUAUCAUUUUUUUUUACAAUUGACGUGAAUUUUUGAAUGCAUUCAAUGUUGCAACUUGUUGUUUUUUUUUUUCGUUUAUUUUUUAUCGCAUUAUGAUUUUUCUUGGUUCUCUGGAGAAUUGACAAUAUUUUUUACUGCUGACGGAAGAAUUGCGAGUAGAUAGAACCGGGACUCUAAUUUUAUUUAAUCAUCUUUCACUCUUAAUUCAAUGGAAAAUGAAAGUGAAAAUUAAUUGGCCGUUUGUGCUACUCUUGCAAGGGGAUUCAAUGGGCAUAAUUUCUUUUUUUUUGAGUUGUUGACAUAUUAAAGCAGAGGAAUGAGAAAAAUGAGGGGAGAGAGAUGAAAAUUGUGAUGCGUUUGAAACGCCAUGGCAAUAUUUAUAUAUAUAUUUUUGUGUGGGUUUUUUGACAGAUGAAAACAAAAUUGAGGCAAAUUAUUACUUUCGGCCCAACUGAGGGCAUCCCUACUUCCUGAUACGAGAUGUUUAACAAUUUGUUCGAGCAAUGUUUUUCUUUUCGUUUUUUUUAAAUCUGCAUUUUUCUCACACUUGCACAACAAGCAGGGCUACUAUAAUUGUAAAUAUUAGUUAACACAUUCCAAUUACGUUGUAUAGAGUUAGAAUGAUAAAAAACAUGAAAAAAACUACAAUUGAUAAAAACAAAAACAUUAAGGACGAAGAGAGAGGAUUAAGCAUCAUGUUAAAUAUGUAAUUAUGAUAUUUUGUGUAUAGUUUAAAUGAAGGAGAAAUAAAAGAAGGAAAAAUA